AUGACUUAUCAGUCAAUGAUGAAAUUGGGAGAAGUUCAAUUUAUAAAUGACUCUCCCGAGAGGGGACUCUAUAAAUCUUUUUUUGAAAAUUCAUCAGAUGAUGAAUUGUUCAGUGAAAAACCACCUUAUCCUUUAGGCAUGGAUAUCGAAGAACUUAUAUCUCCUCCAGAAACUUCUCGAACAACCGUAAAAUAUAAAAAACACCCAGAUCUAUCAAAUCCACCACGACCACAAAAUGAUUGGGUCUUAUUUCGUAGAAAUUUCACAGCUCUAUUAAAACUAAAUGGAAUAAAAAUGAAAAACACUAAAAUUUCCAGUUUAGCGGCCGAUGAAUGGCGGAGACAACCUCCCAAACCCGAAAGUCAUAUUUAUAUGACACCAGAUGAAACUUCUUCCGUUGAUAAUUUUUCUGAAGAGUUUAACUCUCAAGAAAUUUCUAAGACACUUAAUGAUUUCCUUCUUUAUAACGGAAGUCCAAAUAAUGAUUGCUAUGCGAAAAACAUUUCUUUAAUUCAGCAAGAAAUUUCUGAUCAAACGGAUGAUCAAGAAACUUCUACUCAAGAAAUAGACUAUCUUUUUUUCCAAUUUAUAAAUCAUGAUAUGCUUGAUUAG